CCUUCGCUCCAAUGGGAAAACUUUGGGAAAACGAGCGAAGGAGGCACUGUUCACAGUGAUCAGCUGCGCGCGGGCGGCGCGUUUGUGCUAGAACUUCGUUUGUGCAGCAUUAAUGACGCUCGAAUGCAUGCGCCGACUAAAGUUUAUCCACAUGCCCAGGGAGAACACGGUGUCUAAGAUAUGCAGGUGAUGUUUAUGUAUCCGAUGCCGUUCGAUAUUACGGAAUCGGCCCUCUUUGAUGCGGUUACAACAGGCGAUGAAUUAUCUGUUCGCCGACUCCUAGAUGACAAUGCUCCAUUUACCAUCACCAACAAUGAUGGCGAAAACUUCCUUCAUCUGCUGGCUAAGCAAAAUUUCAGUACAUUGUCACCACAAGACAGUGCUUUAAGGCAGAAACGUCGGCGCAACAUCAUUUAUAUGCUUUCCGACGAAGGGCUUCGCCCCGACCUCCGCGAUUCGAUGGGCAGAACUCCUAUGCACUAUGCCAUCCAGAAUUCAGACCCACACCUUUUCAAGAUAUUACUUCAGUGUUCUCCAAAUCCACCUGAUGACAUAUGUGCUGCCGCCGUGCCCACAUUAUUGCAAGAGGUGCUUAACAAGUUUAAGCCUGGACUAUGCGCUGCUAUUCAACAGCAUUGUAUAACAGACGUACGUAGAAUAGUUAACAUGUGGUGCCGCACUGAUGCCCUCACGAAUGGCUGCAAUCUUAAGGAACUUGCUCUGGAGUCCGGCCACGAAGAAAUCAUAAGCUUGAUACUUGGAGUCGAGCCAUCAAUGCGUCUAGUCCACCAUGUGCUUGCAAGAAAAGUUGAGAAAGUAAGAAAGCUCCUUGGGACGGAACGGGGGAAUCUGAACCUGGAUCUUCGAAACAUGAGUGACCACGGUGCCCCAAUUCUAUACUAUGCCAUUGCUAACAAGGAUACGGACAUUGUGAGGCUUCUUGUGUCAGCAGGCUGUCACAUCUUUACACUUAUGCGUGAUGCGGACAAUCAAGAGAUUCCCGUUCUUUUCUCUGCUCUUACCGCGGAUAUGAGCCCCAAAUUGGCCAAUGCACUGAUGCCAAAGGACUUGCCAAGUCAGCGGGAAGUCAUCAGAAGACUUUUGUACAAGAGCAGGACUAUUCUGGAAGUUGCCCUUGAGAAAAGAAUACCUCCAGUGACAUUAGAAAUACUUAUAUACCGUGGAGGUGCUGAGCUGCUGGCUGGAAGAAACCCGGAUAACAAGACAGUGAGAGACAUUGCUCAGCAUGCUGAACAAUAUGAAUAUGUUGAAGCUGUUGAUAAGGUUGUUAGGGAGUGGGUGAAAAAUACCGCAAGUUAUCCUGAUCAGCGGCAGCUACUAGCCUUAUGUGGGUAUGACCACAUUACAGAGCUUUUUCCAAGAGACUCACUGAUGCAGUUGGCACCUGAUACUGUCAAAUACCUGGAAGGUGUUACGGAUUACCAGGAACAGAUUGCAGAACUCUCACGAGCUGUUGAGGAUGGAAACUAUGAAAGAUUUGAAGAAUUAAGAACAUACAGUUCUGCAGUGUUCAGAACAAAUAUAUCCUGGGAAGCAUGUCAAAAGGCAAAUGGCCAGCCACUUCUUCAUAGAGCUGUGCUGUUCAACCGUCCCCAUAUUGUAAAAACAAUUUUACACAACGUUCCUGCUGGUCAGUCUGUGGACACCCUUUUAGAUCAGCAUCACCGUACUGCCCUCCACUAUGCCUAUGCCAUGCCUGAUGGCGAUCAUUUAAUUAAGCUCCUCAUGAAUGCUGGCUGCUCUGAGCACACGCUUGACAGGAAAGGAAUGGAACCAUUAGACUUCAAGAUGCGUUGUGGGUCACCUGCGAUGGAGGCACUACUGAAGCAUAUACGCAGUAAGGUACCUCUUGAAGAGUCAAGGAUAUGGAAUUCCAAAAAACAUCAUAAAAAAUACUUGCCACAGUGCUGUCAAGGGGUCGAAUGCAAAUUGCCCCCUGUACCACCGAAGCAGAUCCAUGCAACUGGGUGUUCCUGCCAAGUUGGUCAUGUGCCAAACAAAAAUGCAAUGCAAGGCCAAAUUGACCACCGUGGCACUAGCUGGUGCACCAUCUUGUAACAUAAUUAAAUUUUCUUUAUUCAACCAAA